GAAGGGUGGGUCGGGACAUGCAGGUAUCCCACGACGUAGAACGAGAUGCGAUCUAGCAUCCACAUGCAGUGUCUUGUACGCGACAAUGGUAUUAGGUGGAUCACUCGUAUUCCAAGACCAAUGCUUUCUACCAACGAAACCUUGGUUCUUGCGCUUAUGUUGGUGGAUGAUGGAAGGAAGGGUCAUUCGCACAUAUGACGGAAGACUGACUCGCGGUUACCUUGGCCUACAGCACUCGCACUUCUACCCCAGUCUCCAUAUGCUGGUUUUCAAUCGCCCGAACUGGUUAUGAAAACUUCAGCCUGGAAAUGAUACCUCCAUGCAGCAUCCAUCUGGCUUCAUUUGGUACAUGAGUUACAUAGACAUCAUCACCACAACCACUCUUGAUUCUACGCAGCACUUGCGUGCAUCUGUCAUACACCUGGCUAUGUAUAAGCUGACAUGGAUAAAUCUGAGCUCAUUGGUAUACAGACCUACCUGUGCACGUGGCUGCUCACCGGAAUUACAGCCAGUGAACCAACUCAGUUCCUAUCGCCGCAUCUACACCAACAAUGGUCAUCGUCCCAACAAACCCCACGAUGGAAGGAUUACUGAACCAGUGCCAACAGUAGAAAGACUUUCGCUACCAGAACGUGGCAACGACAAUGUGGGUGAACAUCGAGCUGAAAACGCGGGCCGCAGUCGCUUAAGCAAGAUGCAUGCAUGUCCACGGCCCAUCGCGCUGACACCGCGUGGGAUGUAUAGUUUCCGCGACCUUCCGCUCCUAGUCUAGAUCAAGCUGUGAUUUGUCGGAGUCAAGACUGGUGAGCAUACAGGUUGCAGGAGGCUUAUUGAGC